CAGCCAGCGUGGGAAACCGAGGGGGAGAAGGGGAGAAAGGGAAGAGAGAGAGAGGGAGCGUGGAGGCGAGUUUGGGGGGAGGAAGGGGAAGAAGAAGAAGAAAAAGAAAAGCAAACUCUUCUGCUCCCAGACUGAGCCAGAGAAAGAGAGAGAGAAAGGGGAACUUUUUUUCAGAGGCAGGAAGAGUGUCCGUGGGCAGAGUUUGUGAAGGCUUUGAUCAGAGUUAUUACAAACCCCCCUUUUCUCUCUCUCUCGUUUGGACGAGGAGGGAGGUUUGCGAGAUCCUCUCCUUGCAUGAAGAAGAGGAGGAAGAAGGUGCCGUUUUGCCCUCCCGACUUUGCCAGGAAGAUGCGGGCUGAGGAGGAGGAGGCGGCGCUCCGGGGCUGGCGGCUACCUGUGUGGCCCCGGCUGGGAUCCGGAGCCCCAAACCGGAGCAGCACCAUGUGAACCUUCCUCCUUCUCCUCCUCUUCCUCCGCUCCCCUUGACCCAUCCGCAUUGGAUGGGCAGCCAGUUCUUAGGGCUUCCCAAAGAGAGAGGAAGCAAGCUGCCCUUUCCUUCCACCUACUUUUUCCUCCUUCAGUUUGUACAGGAGGGGGGUCGUUGUGCGCUCCCCUCUCCUCCACUUUAUUGUCAACCCCCAACUCUCUCCGGAGACCCCUUUUUGGCUCUGAAGACCGAGACACCCCUCCGAGAGCAGCAGCAGCAGAAGAAGAAGAAGCGCACGCCAGUCCUUUAGAUUUAACCAGCUUUACAGAAACAAUGAUCCCAAAGACUAUGAGGUAACUGCCACUGGGUAAGCAAAAGCCUGCCUGGGGCCAUUAUUCUAAUUCCAGAAGGGUGGAAGAAAUAGUCCUGCUGGCUGGUCCAUCUGUUCAAACCUUUGGAAAUAGUGUUGAGAAGCAGCAGAGGGCUGUUUUCCACACUGGGAGCAACAUCCAUAGCACCUGCCAGGUUUCAGAAAGAACUGGGAAAGAAAGAAAAUAGGAAGAACCAUGGAUAAGGACAAUAUGGCCCAUGCAGACCAACAAUAUGAAUGUGUGGCUGAGAUUGGUGAAGGAGCCUAUGGAAAGGUGUUCAAGGCCCGGGACUUGAAGAACGGCGGACGCUUCGUGGCCUUGAAGAGGGUGCGGGUGCAAACAAGUGAGGAGGGAAUGCCGCUUUCCACCAUACGGGAGGUGGCUGUCUUGAGGCAUCUGGAGACCUUUGAGCACCCCAACGUGGUCAGGUUGUUUGAUGUAUGUACAGUGUCCCGAACAGAAAGAGAAACGAAGUUAACAUUGGUGUUUGAGCAUGUUGAUCAAGAUUUGACCACUUACUUGAAUAAAGUUCCAGAGCCUGGAGUUCCUAGCGAAACUAUAAAGGACAUGAUGUUUCAGCUGCUGCGAGGGCUUGAUUUUCUGCAUUCCCAUAGAGUCGUCCACCGUGAUCUCAAACCACAAAAUAUUUUAGUAACCAGCAAUGGGCAGAUAAAAUUAGCUGACUUUGGCCUUGCACGGAUCUACAGUUUUCAAAUGGCCCUUACCUCAGUGGUUGUCACUCUAUGGUACAGAGCUCCAGAGGUUUUGCUUCAGUCUAGUUAUGCCACACCAGUAGAUCUUUGGAGUGUUGGCUGUAUAUUUGCAGAAAUGUUCCGUAGAAGGACUUUGGUGACCAGACAGGAGGUUGGACUGGAUGGCCCUUAUUUCUCUUCCAAUUCUAUGAUUCGAGUCCGUGUUCAGCCAUGGAAACUCACUGGAGCACUUUUUCGUGGAAACUCAGAUGUUGAUCAACUAGGAAAAAUCUUUGAUGUAAUUGGGCUUCCUGAUGAAGAGGACUGGCCAAGUGAUGUUGCUCUCCCAAGGAAUGCUUUCACUUCUCGGACUCUUCAGCCUAUUGAACGUUUUGUAACAGAUAUUGAUGAACUAGGCAAAGACUUCCUACUUAAAUGCUUGACAUUCAAUCCCACAAAGAGAAUAUCUGCUUAUGAUGCAUUAUCUCACCCUUAUUUUCAUGAUCUGGAGAGAUGCAAAGAGAAUAUGGAUUCGGAUAUGUCAUCCAGUCAGAACUCCACUGAGAUGAAUACACCAUAAGGCUGCUUAACCUAUAGAUGAGCAAAACAACCAACUUGUUAAAGUCAUCACCGAGGGUAAUUAAAAAAAACACCACUGUUCAAUUGAUGGUUAUUCUUUGGAGCGUCUCCUCGUCUCCUCUCGUACCAUUUGUGUACGUCUACAGAGCAACCUUCUCCAAGGACAAGAACCUAGUUACCUUCAAAGCAAUGCAAGAGGCAAGGUGUCAGAUGAUUCCCACUGUGACUUGAUGUUUGUUUAGUUCUAUCUAGAGAACUUCAAUUGCUGCUGACCAGUUUUGCUGCCAUUUCCUUCCGCUUAGAGCAAAGGGUGCCGCCAUGGAUUACAGCAGUCCAUUCUCGCUACCAAAACAUGACUUAACUUCUGUCUCUAGGUGCUGAAGUCUGGUUUGGUAUUACUUCGAGUUAGGAUGAUAAGAUUGCCUGUUUAUUUGCUUAAUGUGAUUUCAGGAAAAAAUUCUUAAAGCAAUAUUUAAAAGACAGACACCAAAACGCUGAAGCUCUGUAGUCUACAGUUAAAGCAAAAUGUGUACAAACACAUCUGGUGAUUGUAAUCACACAGGAAUGUCCUUCCCCAAAAGGAAACAUGAGAUGAUAAUUGCAGCAUUUCAUUGCUCUUUGUCAUAAGUUCUUUCUCUUUGAUUUUAUGAACAGUGCUAUUAUGAACAAAAUUACACUCACGUGGUAGAGGAAAAGGUGGGUUAAACAAAUAAUUUAUACAGAUCUCUUGUUUGGCGAGCAUAUGUCAAUCAUUGCAUAAGGUAUCUUUAGUCUUGUCAGACGUCGCACUCGUGGUCCUUAGAGAGUGAUAUAUAUUUAGACUAUGAUACCUAGCAAAAAAAAGGUGAUGAGAAAGAAUUAAAAUCAAAUGUUCCUUUCGUUUCGCUUCCAUAUAAUUUCCAAUGAGCAAUGAAUACUUGUUUUUAAUAGACUUGCCAUUACUAUAUCCAUGUACGUAAGGGUAAGCCCCACUGACCUGCUUCUAAAUAGUCCAUAUAGAAUUUCACUGUCAGGCUGCAAUCCUGUGUAGUUUUUCCUGGGAGCAAGCUAUAGUGAAAACAGUAGGCUGGGGCAUAUUUAGCCAUAGCAGAGCAAUAGAUUUUAAUGACUCUCCUGUAAAUAUUACUAAAUCUGGAUGCAGUCCAGUGAGGCUUACUUCUGAAUAAACAAGGAUAAGAUUAUGCUAUGAGGAAGGAAGUAUUCUUUGCUGUCAUACAACCUAUGUGCCAUGCCUAUAAAAAACCAAGGCAUGGACAGCUAAUUGUCACCAAGCCAACCUUGGUUCUUAGAUAUUUCUUAUAAUCAGAUCUCAUAUUUUUAUGUAUCAUAAUGUAUGAGGUGCCCUCGUGUAACACUGCCACUUAGACUGAUUAUUCUAUUGAUGCUGUCUCUUUUAGAGUUGCUACAAAUGAAAGUAAUCUUUGAUCAAUUUGUCGUAGCACAAUUAUUUUGAUUUUCAAUUAAACUGUGUACAUAUUUUAAAAUGUUUUUUUUAAAAAAAGAAUUAGAAUUUUUAAAAGAAUAUUUUAUUUUUGUAGUACAAGUUAAUGAAAUAUUUUUUAAUCUUUGGAAAGAAAAACUAUACAUGUAACCACAGGUUGCACUGCAGUGACCUAAAUGUAGUUCUGGAGAAAAUUGCCCCAAUGUAUUCAUAGCUGCAACAACCUUGGUCACAACAAAAGAAUAGGUUCUAUUGGAAUUAUUUGAUGGCUAUUACAAUACGACUUCAUGUGGACAUGUGAAACUACAAAAAAUAGAGAUUACAUAUUUUGUUGGAGAAUAAAUGAGACUGCAAAUAUUGGUCCUGCAGAUACGGGAGUCAUAAUGUACCUUUAGCAUCCCACUAUAAUAUUUGUUAUUUCUGUUGAGCAAGAACUGGGGGACUUAUGGCUCUCUCAACAUACAACACCAGCAGUGCCUUACCAUUGGCUAUACAUGUUUGGGGCUUUUGGAAAUGGAAGUCCAAAACAUCGGGAGGGCUGAAGGCUCCUUGUCCCUGUAUUAUCCUGUUGUAUUCCUUCCAGCUUACAGAGCUAUAUUAGCCCUUCUCUCUUGCGCUUUUUUUUUUUUUGCAUGUCCACUCCUUGAAGUCAUGCUGAAUAUUUUCUUUCCUUCGAGUUUCCCAUGGCAAAGUCAUAUGAAGCCCAUGUGAUUGAAGGAUUUAGGUGUGUAAAAUGUCUACAUUACAGCAGAUUUAGUUUUCUCCAAGUGCUGCUUUUCAAUAUUUUUGCACCAAAGCAUGGAAAAACAAGUGAUUUGUCUUAGCACCAUGUGAUGCAGUCUUAGCAUCAUAUAGCUAAGACCAUCAGCACAUGCUAAAGCUAAUGUGUAUUGUCUGUGAGGACAGCUACGCUGCUGGAGCAACUCUGAUCCCUAAGGUUUACUGGAGAGGUAAUGACAGAUUUGUGAAAUAUACAUAGAUGCCUAGACUGGUUUGAAAGCCUUCUUGACUUUGCCUAUAUCUUACUGCCAUGAUAAUAAGUGUUUCAAAAGAUUGCUUUUUUGGACUGGUCAUGGUGGUUUGGAAAUGUGGGAGUAAAUCCCAAAAUGUUGGUUUCCCCAACUUAGCUGUUGAGGCAACCCAAGUGAGCAAUUUGAGGUGGACAUCCAAGGAUAUCUUGCAUUCAGGGUUUUUCAGAGAAUUUAUGGGGAAUGGGACAGAAGUAAUUCUGGGGUCAUUAUGAUAUCCUUCAAUGACACAUGUGUAAGGAGGGACUGGAGUGAGAAAUAUGGGAUUGUCAAUGAUACACAUGGGCUGGGGAAGGAAACCUUGUCUUUGGGAGAGGUCAAACAUUGCAUUUGGAAGAGUCAUAUUGUCCCUAUAGUCCCCUUUACUGGGUAAUCCUAUUUGCAGUGACCAUCCAUUUCCCCGGUGGAAGGUAUUACCAUGAGGUCUUCUUCAUUCUUAGUGCUUAUGGCUGCAAAAAGGCAUUGUGGUGUUCUGAUUUGUACCCAUAUUGUUCUUGCUAUUAUUAUUAUUACUUUUGGCUAGGAUUUAUCAAGAUCUGUUUUUAUGUAGUGUGUUUACUGUUCUGCUUCUCCUGGUUCAUGUAAAAAUAAUUAAUAUUCCCAUGUGCUAAGGACAUAAUUCUCGGCUUCUGGAAGCUAGGCCUGCUUAGAAAUGUAAAUAAUCUAGAAAUGCAUUCAGUCAAAUAAUGUAACAGCUAAUAAUUAUGGUCUUAGAAGCUUAGAAAUGUUACUCAAUGUGUAUAGAAAGUAUUAUUGAUCAAAACUUUCACAUUAUGUUUGAAAAGGGUAUGCAAGUGAACUGUUUAUUCUCUAGGUGAAAAUGAGUAGGACACAGGUUCCUUCUAUGGAAUCUACUUUUUGAAAUCUUUUUAGCUAUUAUUCCUCUCUUGUUCUGAGUUAUGGAUGAGAUUUGCUAUUCUGGGAUAUGUGUUGGACAUUUUCUACCUUGUGCCCUGUCAGAAUAGACGAGCUUUGUAUUUUGUGAGCUGUGACAGAAAUAUUAAGUGGCUUUUGCUUUUCCGUUUUACUGCAGACAUAAUUUUUGAUGCAGAAUACAAGGAUUAUAACAUAAAUGUAAUACAUAAGGGUUACAAAUAUAAACAAUUGAAGCCCAGAGCUUCCAAAGUCAGUGCACAUCCUCCAGAGAUGUUCUAAUAAAGUACUACUGAAAUUAGUCAAUUUUUAAGCAAAAUAUUGCUUCAGUGCAGGCCUUGUGACCAUCCCAGACCUCCUUUGCUCCCAACCCAACCGACUGGGGUUCCUCAGGUUUUGCUAACAUUUAUAUAGCAACCCCCCCCCCCCCAACUCUAAAAUGUUGAAAGGUCUACUCUAAGGCUUAGUUACUAGCAAUAACAGCUUCAAGCUAAAAUAUCCCACUGGUUUCUGCUCUCACCCCUUUUUUGCUUUGCUCCUGCCUCUCACGCCCCUUCCAUUUUAGUUUGUCUUCCUCAGAAGAUGAAGAAGACUUACGGCAACUGAGUUUAGCAUAAUGAACAGCCAAAAUCUUCCUCCAGUUCAUCAAGAUGGAAACUGAAGGAAUGAAUAUGAAUUAAGCUUUUGAAACAGAUCCUAAAGCUAUGUGAAAAGCUAUGCGCUCUCCUUAUACUGUCGGAAAUGUGAGCUCUCAAGAAGCAGAGUAGCUGGUACUGAAAGCAACUUCAGCCCACCUCAGUUGAAUACCUUGGAUUUCCAACUCUUAGGCCCCUUCUUGGGUUACCUUCUUGGACUUUGUUUUGAGUUAUAGCUUCUUGACUUCAAACUGUUUAUCAUUUCUGUUUUGGCUUCUGAACUCUGGUAAGAGCGGGGUGCUACCCACCACUGGAACCCUCACCCCUUGUACUUAUUGAAAAUUGGAUUCAUGCCUCAGACUCAAAGAGGUGCCUUACCCUUUUGUGAAAGCACUCACCUGAUAGCCAUCACCAUUCCCUGAGGUCUAGAGCAGAAACCAGCCAUGUUACUAUAGAAGGCUAUGCAGUGGGCUAUGCUGGAAAACAGCUGAAGCUCUUCCCCUUCCAACAGGUUAAUACAGUUGCUUUCAGACUAUUUUCUAUGGAUGUAUUUAUAAGGCUGAAUUAGCACAAAAACUGUAUGGACACAUCUCAUCAUUUCUUCUCCAGUGUACCAAGCAUAUCCAGUUUCUUAAUGUUAUGUAAUAUAUCCCCCCAACACCCAAUUACUGUAUUAUAGGAAACCAACUGUGUGUAGUAGUGAGUAGUGAGGCUCUUUAGCAGCUAUUUAAAGUUUUCAUUACUCAUACCAGUGAAUUAUUUUUGUUCCUUAUUUACCGGCCUCUUUUUUCUUUUAAAAAUCAAGUGGGAGGGGACCGUUUUAGGUUCCUGUUGACUUCAGGUUCAGAGUAGUGCAUGUAUACUAAAGUUAUACAUUCCAAGCAGCUAUUGCUGUUUGCCUGCAUUUAGAUUAAUUUGCUCUGAAUGAAGUAGCUUUGGGAAAUGUUUGCUGGGGACAUUGCUAGGAUACAAAUAGUUGAAAAUGUAUACCUUUGUAAUGUCUUAGAAACAUAUAUUUGAAGUUUUGUGCAGACCAGUUCAUUGGUUGUUUCUGCUGCUACAUCGAGAAAGUAAUUACAGUCCUAAACAUACCUAAAGAAUGCACAACCUAUUAAUACCAAUGGCCCCUCCAAGUACUGUAUUUAGGAUCUGGAUGUUCUAGAAACAUGAUACCCUCCAACAAUUCACAGAGAAAAAUCGGGAUUCAAAUGGCCAAACAAUAUCAGAGUGUGAUGAAGAUAGUAAAAGUUAUUAAUGAGGCAGCAACAGUUUUCUUUUGCUUAGCUGACAAGAAGAGCAAGAUUAUGCCCACUCCUCUCCCCGUGUUGAGUCGAUUAAAUGCACCCUACUUUUGGAUUUUAAAUUCAAUUUGCAGCAAUUGAAGUAAGCUGAGGAAGUAGGAAGAGGAGAGAGAAACUAAGACAUUUUAAAAGCAGCUGAGAAAGUGGGACUAAUUUGGGGAUCAUGAAGCAUUUCUCACAUUAGCCACAAGAUACCUCUGUACAUUGUGGGUAGAGUAUCACAAACCAGGGGUAGCACACUCUCUUUUUCAUUGAGAGCCACAUCAACCUUAUGGUUGCCUGCUUUCAAAGGGCCAUUUAAUCCAUGGAUGGAGAAUCUGUGGAUACAGAAGGCCAAGUAUAAUUUUUUACAUAGUGUUUGGUUCACUUUUGUUUUCACCCAAUUUGGAUUCCUAGAUAUUAUGGAAUGACAACUCCCAUCACUUUUGAUUAUUUAUCAUACAGGCUGGGGAGAAUGGGAAUUGUGAUCCAACCGCCGUUGUGGCUCUGAGGCUGGGGAAAGGUUAAAGGACCUUUCAAAGUAAUUUUAUCUAAAUUAAAUCCCCACUAUCCUGACUGAACAACUGCAGCUUCCCAUAUGUUCCUGUAUCUCAACUCCCAUCAGCUCUAGUCAUGAGGAACACAGGGGUUGUCGUCCAGCAUCUGGAGGGCCAUAUAAAAUUAUAUAACAGGCCGCGGGCCUUGAAUUGGACACAUGUCAUAAAAGGAAUGUUUAUCAGAAAAUUAUGUAGCCUUUUUAUACAACGGACAUUACAAAUAUCUGUCUUCACUAAGUAACAGACAGAUGAGAACUUACAAGUGUUACCAUGUUUGGGGCUAGAGUUGUGAUGGAGAAUUAGAGAAGAUCCUACAGCCAAGCUGGAAACGGGAUGUAGAAAGCACAGCCAUAGUUACGUAGCACAGAGAAGGCAUACGCCAGGACCCAAGUUCUGAAUAAGGUUAGGAUGUAGGGAAGCUACAAGCGAAAGAAAGGUAAAUAGGUAGGGCAGAUGAGGAAACUGAAAAACUACCAGAGAGGGAGACCCAGGGGUAGGAGAGUUGAUUAAUAAGAUAUAGACCCAAACUCUGAAAGCAUUUCAAAUGGGUAGAGCUUGAAAUAUAAGGUUUGCCUCUUCCUCUUUCCUCCCACUUUAACUUACAAUAGAUGAAACAAGGUGGGGCCAGGAAUGGCAAAUAUACAGGAUGACAGCACAACAGAUCACAAUUAUUGAGUCAAUGACAUAUUUCAGCUGUCUUCCUCCAUGAAAAUUAUUCAGCCAAGCAGAUGGAAGUUGCACCUCCUUAUACCAAUAAUAAAGCACGCAAUCACUGUGAUUCAGUCAUAAUUACAGCACCUUACUGUUCUUGCCUGUGCAAUUUAUUUUUACAAAGUUCAUCAUUACACAGUUUUGGAGGUUCACAGUUUGGAUAACUGACAAAUACCAGAAAAUAGAAAUAGAAAAGACUUUUACAUGCAUACAUACAAAAACUCUUGGAUAAUGGCCAUUGACUAGAACAUAGGUAUAAAUGUUUCCAAAACAAAAAGACAAAUAAGCAAAAUAUUAAAGCAAAUAUUAAAAACCUUUUAAUAAGGGUUGAGGAAGAUUUUAUUAAGCACUAUAGUUGAUUUUAACUGAAAUGUAACAUGGAUAGUACAGCUAUGGAAAAUUAUGAGGCUUUGGAGUAAAGAUAAUAUUUUUGAGGCAAAAACUCUACCUGAAAAUAAAACGUGAUUACAGUGUAUGCAAGGGAGACUGAAUUUGGAAACACAGCUUGUUCAAACUGACUGCUAUAGAAACUCUGAUUUGAUUAUUUCAAAAUAGCUCACAAAAAGAGAACCAAAAUCAAGGAAGUUUUUUCAUCUACAUUUAUAAUGUACAAUAGAGAGCCUUAUUUUCCUGAAUGGCAGCUGUAAACCCUUAAGCGCAUCAUAAAUUAAGCUUUGUGUGUUUUGUGUAAAGCUACUGUAAGAUAAAUAGAUAUAAAUAUAUAGCCUAUUGUAUUAACAAAUGGAAGCUCGUGAUGAAUAGUUUAAUUAGUGCUGUUGUGCAUCGAAAGGUUGGUUUUAUAAAGCACUUUAGAACAAGCAAGUUCAAAAAAAUUCAGGUCCAAUCUGAAAUACAUAUUGUGCCCAUUUCUCAUCAGCAUGGUUUCUGAAUUUGUAUGGAAGGAAAUCCUAUGCCAUUUUGGAGCCUGGAAACUCAUCCAACAUGUCAUUGUUAGAUUUUUAGAAGAGCAGUAUUUGUACUGGGAACUCUCUAAUCUUCAUAACCUAGUCCCUAAAUGCAAGUCAGCAAUGUCUUUUGGUAGGAGGUUCUCUAACUGGGUUGGUCCACAUGAAACUAUGGAAAGCCUUUUACAAAAUCAGAGCUUGGAACAUAUAUUUUGAGGGAUUGCCAUUCCCAGAAUACUUAAGUUAUCAAGCUUAGAAGCCAUGCUUGCUAGAAAACACUGGGAAUUGUAGUCCAAAGCAGAAACCUUCCCGAGCUCUUAAAAAAUAGUCCAAGACUCGAUGAAUUGUACAGGACUGACAGUUUUGUAUGUUUCUUCCAUUCCUGCCUCAUCGCUCUGAACGAAAGUGCUUAACAUCCUAAUUAGCAACCAGUUUCUGGAGGAUGUCUUUGAAAAUAACCCCUGCCCCAAGGCAUGAUAAUAAAUCAUACUACUGCGGAUGCUAUGCACUCUCAUCCUUCUUUAAAUCCUGAUGAGCAAUUUAGCACACCUGUGGACCCUGGAUUUGCCUGGCAGCAUCCAGUUGCUGAUCUUUUUUUUAUUUAUUUUUUAUUUUUUGAGUUUAUGGUUUCAUCAUCUCACUUUUGUUCCACUUAGAUCUUUUGAUUCCAUUGUUUCACUGCUGAUGUUUCGGGGAUUAUACUAUCUACAUAGUACUCUGCAUCGUCAUUGGUGCAAGUCUCUUCGCUUUUCCAGUGGUUUGUGUGCUGUGCUCAUAAAAGUGAGCAAUCUAAAAUAGAUAGCUAUUGCACCAUUACUUUUGGACAGAUUCCUAUUCCUGGAUAAACCUUUAAUAUUUGGGCACACACACUCUGUAAAAUACUUUCAACUUACCGUAGUUACCUGCUGUUUAGGGGCUUUUACAGCAUUUCUCAUUGCUGCUAAAGGGGUUGUGGUUGCACACAAAGUUAUGUGCAUUUGGUGUCUCUGUGGGCACACUGCAGAGCCUGGGAAAGAGAUUUUCCAAGUUUUGGUUCACUGUCUAAGCAGAGAGGUUGGUGACAGGGGCAGGGAUUUGCCCGCCGGGAAUCUGAGCUUCCAAGAAAGAAAGAUAAAGAAAGAAGGAAGGAAAGAUUCUGUAGUUUUGUAGAGCUGUUGUAUAACUUGAAAUGCAUACUGUUGGGACUAUUGUGUAUUCUGUCAUAUUACGAUACUUGUAAUUUGUGCAUGGGCCAUUUAACUGUGUUUGUUUGUUAUAUAUUGGCAUGUAUUUCUUAUUUCCUCAUGAGUUAAUAUUCUGUCAGUCCUAGGGCCUGAAAAAUGGAAAUACACAUACUUUGGGGAGGGUUGACUUUGUUGUACUCUGCGGUUAAACAUUAUUACAGUAAUUUAGGAACAUAGCUCUAAAUAUACAGAGGUCAGUGUAAUCAAUGGGAUUUAUUUUGGCAACAACAGUAAGCUAACUGUGCCACUAUGUAUUGGUGAAUUGCAACUUCCACCAGCCCUGGCUGUUGUGACCGAUUGUGAAGGAUAAAUAGUACUAUGCAUCAGCAACAUCUGGAUGGCCAUACCUUCUCUGUCCUACUUCUGCAGUCUAGCUUUAAUUUCCUGGUCUCUGAAACCUUGUGAGCUCCACGUUCCCUGAAUUUCUACAUUUUCUGCUCCAAGCAAAAGUACACUGCGUACAUUCAGUAAGGGCGCAUUGGAGCCCUUGGAGAACAUUAUGGCUUGGAUUUCUGGGUUGUGCUCCCAAGUCUAAGCUCCAUGUUGCAAUACUCAAACAAAACUCCCAUGUGAAGUGGUUUCUCCUUUCGUCUUAAUGGAUGGGCAACAGUAUUUCUCAAGUCCUUAUGCAUAAAGAAGCUCUUGCUGAUAAAGAGCCUCUGCAGAACUUCUAGCAUUUCACAAAUGAAAACCAGGACACCUGCGGCCAAGCAGCACCACAACGUGAUCAGGAUGACAAGAAUCUUCUUGCUUUAGCAAGAAUCUUCAGGGAAAGACAAGAUUCUGCCUUCCUGUCCUCUCCCCACCACUAAGUUAAUUAACUCACUGAGUGCAAACUACUUUUGUGCUUUUAAGUCAGUUUGCACCAAAUGGAGGAAGCUGAGGAGGAAGGGUGGAAAUGGGUGGAAGAGGGAGAAACUGGGAAUUUGAAAAAAGUAAGGCAACAAGAUUAAUUGGAACUCAAGGGUAUGGCUCUGUAUACACUCUACAGCAAUGGUUCUCAACCUGGGGUCCCCAGAUGUUUUUGGUCUACAACUCCCAGAAAUCCCAGCCAGUUUACCAGCUAUUAGGAUUUCUGGGAGUUGAAGGCCAAAAACAUCUGGGGACCCCAGGUUGAGAACCAGUUCUCAAAAUCAAUGGUUCCCAACCUAUGAGCCUCCAGGUGUUUUGGACUUCAACUCCCAGAAAUUUCAGCCAGCUUACACGCUGUUAGGAACUGUGGGAGCUGAAGUCCAAAACACCUGGAGGCCCAAAGGUUGGGGACCACUGCUCUAGAGUUUAGGCACUUCAGUUUAGGCAAAUGGAAUAAUUUUAAAGGGUUGUCAUUGUUCUCUUUUUUUGUGAAGCAUCCCAACUACCAUACAAUUGGCCCUCCAUAUACAUAAAUCCUGUUUCAGUGGUUCAUCCGCAACAUGAAAAUACCCCUCCCCACAAAAAAAUCCCAAAACAAACCAUUUUAUAUAAGAGAUACUAUUUUACUAUGUCAUUGUAUAAUAAUGGGACUUAGGCAUCCAUAGAUGUUGGUAUCCUUGCGCUGUCUUGGUACCAAACCUCAAUGAAUACGAAAGAUCUGCUGUAACUAUUAUGAUGAAUUGCAACAGAUAUGAAAUAUUUGCAAAUGAUUAACUAUUCUGAUGACCUGAAUCUGAAUUAUUCUUGUAGUUGCUUUGCAUAUCUUCAAGUUAUUCAGACCUACGCUGGCCCCAAGGAGAACCUAUUGUGGUUUUCUUGCUAAGAUCUGUUCAGAGAACAUUUGCUUUCCUCUGAUGCUGAGAGAACAUGAUGCAUCGAAGGUCAUUGAAUGGGUUUCCAUGGUUGAGUGAAAAUUCAGACCCUGGUUUACCAGUGUCUUAGCCCAAAGCUCAAAUGACUACACCACAUGGCUCUCUUGAAUUAUCCUACCAAAUGCAAUUCCUCUGGCUCAACUGGUUUGGGUUGUGAAGGGGACAAAAUUAGAUCUUAGUCUAUUUAUUUCCCUCUGUGUUUUUGGAACCAACUAGGUUUUAUACAGGACAAUUUCAACACAAGUAAUUUCUGGACUCUAGAAGGAGAAUCUUGGCACUAAACAAUCUGUUUUUGAUCAUCUUCCAUUGAAACCAAUGAGAUUUGUUGGGAACAAGUGUGUUUACAAUUACAAAGGUGAUUUUAAUUUUCCAGUCUCAGGUUCCUGGUUAGCAGCUGACUGAUCCAAUGAGGACACAUGGUUAGUAACAGCACUCAGACCCAAUUAAUGGGGUCGGCAUUUAUUGAAAAGAUGGACUUUUAUAUCCAAGUUGUGUAUAUGCAAUGCAAAUGUUUGGGUUUUUUAUUAAUAUGUGGAUUCUUAACUAAAAUAGAUAUCUCCCUCGGACUUAAGGUCAAGAGUGGAGUAUUAACCUUACAAAAACAUCACUAGCUGCCAACUUUAGAAGAUCUGUGCUUUUCCUAUAUAGUUUGCAUUUUAAAUGUUCAUUUUAGAUAUGUGAGCUGCUAAUAUGAUUAGUGGGGCUAAAAAGACGUCAGGAUAUAAAAUAAAGGAUCUGAAUGAGCUGCGUAGUAUAAUAUUUGCAUUUUGCAACUAAAGAGACAAAGCUUAUUGGAUGUAGUAUCUGUUAGGUCUCAUUCAUGUAUGUAUGCGUGUGUGUUUUAUUUUUAACAUGUAAACUUGAAUAAUGUUUUGGUAGAAUGAGAUUUACCCAGUAGAGUGGGAAAAGAUUUGCAGGAAAUUAAAAACGGAUAAAGUAGCUUGGAUUAUUUUCUUUCUUUGUUUCCUUUUUUAUGUAAUUGUCACUAGAAAGUAAUCAGUGAUGGAUAUAUAAGACACUGUCCCUGAUUUCUGUAAUUAGAUUUAGCUUUGAUAACAUUGUAUGGAAUAAAGCUGUGUGUGUGAUCCUGACUACCAAUCAUUUUUCUACAUUUGCUGAACAGGACUGUGUGCCUAAUAAACUUUGUUGAGACAAUUGCUCUUCUAUGACUGUUGAAUAGGGUUACCAGGUAGCCAUAAAAAAUAGUAUCAAGCCUAUUGCUGGGCUUGACUGCAAUCCGCAGUCACUGUCUUUUACUACGUUAGGACAAGAUCAGAACUUGGAAAAGUUACAAUUUUGGACUACAUUUUCCAGGACCUCCCAAAAGCAGCACAGUCCCAAAAAGUAGGCUUCAAUAUUGUGUAUGAACAUUAAUAUCAACUAAUGUCUCCAGAUCAAGCUGCUAUUAUGGACUUGUAAACAGCAGUUGCUGAACUCUUAGCAACCUACUUUUAAUAUUAUAAAUUAAGGAGAACCCUUAAAAAUGUAUAUAGGACCGGGCUAACACAGUGAUUUAAACCGCCUGCUUUAGAAGAUCCCAUCGACCAGAAGGUUGGCAGUUCAAGCCUGGGUUGGGGUGAGUUCCUGCAGUCAGCCCAGUUUCUGCUCACCUAGCUGUUCAAAAACAAUGUAAGAAGAUAAAUAGGUACCACUUUGGCGGGGAGGUAAAAGGCGCCCUGAAAAACAUGCCGGCAAAAAUCCGACCAGGAAAGGAGUCCAUGGACGACAGGCUCCUCAGCGUGGAAAAUGAAACAACAGCACCUCCUCAUGGCUGAGUCAGGCACAGCUGGAUGCUGGAGAUGAAAAGAGGGAAGCCUUGCCUCUGUUUAUGUAAUGUCUGCCUUUGUCAAUUGUAUAACGGCAUUGAAUGUUUGCCAUAUAUGUACCUGUAAUCCACUCCUAGUCCCCUCAGGAAGACAGAGCGGAUUAUAAAUAAAGCAUAUUAUAUAAAGGUUAGACUUUUUUUUUAAAAAAAGCUACUCUAUGGAUGAUUUCUGUUUUAAGACUAUUACAAUGAUUGUGUAGUUGUAAAAUUGUUUCCAACUUAUCGCAACCCUAAGAAAUAACUGAAUUUUCUCAACCAGCUUUGUUCAUAAGGGGUUUGCCCUUGCCUUCCUUUAAAAUAAAGGUGCUACUGCUUAAUGUCUUCUAAAAUAAAUGUUUAAGCGCAGCGCUAAAUGUUUGGGGAGCAGUGGAAAAUGUCAUUGGGGAGGCAAGGCUCUUAUUUGGGGCAGGGUUCUGGGUUGUCAUUCCUGUCGCUAUACCCCUGGCAACUCAUUUCCUAUCCCUGAACUGGACUCUAUCUUACUGAUGUUAUUGUUUAUGAAAAUGCAUUUAUGAUUUCAGCUGAAAUAGUUCAAUGUUCACCUAAGCCACAAACUGCUCCACCUACAGAUUCUUUCUGUCAUGCUGGACACUAUAAUGUGAGCAUGCAGUUCAUCUUUACUAAUUCAACCUGCGUCCUGUUGUUUCCAUAUCUGCAUUCCUCAAAGUCUACCUGAAAUGCUGUUUCCUUUUACAGGUGCAUGAAUAAAAUUGAUGCAACAUG